AGUAAAACCUUAAGGGUUUUUCUUUAAGGGUUUUGAGAAUUCCUGAUUAAGAUCAUCAGAUAUUUAUUAUGUCUAUGUUGAAUUGCUUGCAGUACUUGGCACCCCAUGGCGCCUCAAAGGCACGAAGCAGUGGAAGCGCAGCAUCUAGCUUUGAGGCUCUCCAGAAACAGGCUAAGUUCCUCGGAAAUGCUCUUCCACCUGUUUUUGCUGUCAUUGCCCGUGCUGUGAGAGUUGACCACAAGCUGCUGGGCUACCAACUUGCAGCUUACUUUGACAAGCCAACUGCAAGAGUGCAGCUCGUCAUUUCCUCCAUCGCUGAAAAUGACAACCUGAAGAUCUGUGCUGACGGUGCCCUGCUGAGCAAGCACAAAGUCACCGCCAAGGUUGCUUGGGGUCCAGAAUGCCAACAGUAUGCAGUCACUGCUAAAGCUGAAGCCGGUGUCCUGGGCGAAUUCCCUGCUGCACGUCUAGAGCUGGAAUGGGAGAGGCUGCCAGUAAUUGUCACCACCUACGCCAAAAAGCUGUCUAAGCACAUCCCUAUGGCAGCUUUCAAGGCAGGCUUUAGACUUGAAAGAGCAACGAACAGUGAGAAAGAGAUUGAACUGACUGCAGCCUUGCCAACUCAGAGAUCCUUGAAUGUCAUUGCUAGGAUUCCAGAGAUGACUCUGUCGAGGAUGGCUAUUCCUCUCCCUGUCGCUGUUCCCAUCAAUCCAGAUGGAACUCUUUCCAUUCAUAUUGAUGAGGACAUUCUCUCCUGGAUCCAGAAACAUAUCAAGGAAGAAUAAGACAUGAAGAAUUACAUUUUACAUUUUCUUAAGAAAAUGUGAGCGGUGUGGAAUUGAUCAUGCGGAAAGCGGACUUGAUUGUUCUCUGACAGUUUAAUUGGAAAUUACCACUGUUGGAAUGCAAGUAACACUAAUAAACACCCUGCAAGUUACUGAUGUGUGAAUUGCUUUAAUUUCACUGUAAAGUAUAGAAUUGUUUUUGUUAAAUUGUUAUUGAUUAUCCUUCAAAUAAUUAAAACAUUCAACAUAUGUUAAAUAAUAUCACAAAAAAAUCAUAAAACACUUUUAGUAAGAGACUACAAAAAUUAUUAACGUGCAGAUGGGUUUCUGUAACGUCAUGACACGGUUAUUAUAAAUUAGAAAUAUUUGAAAAAUAUACUCAGCUUAAGUCAUUAGAGAAUAUUUUACUUGAGCGGAUAACCUCAUAAUGAAGUCGAUUAACAAAUAAUUUUUCAAAAGAUGGCAAGAACAGAAAAACUACACUAAGCACACACAACAUGCAAAACAUCAUACAGUACAUCUUUUGCAAAUGCAAACAUUUCAUUAAAUGGUGUUUUUGCAUAGCAACUCUACACACAAACCAUCAAAUGAUUAGCCAUAUACACGUCAAACAGAUAGUCAAAUAUCUGAUAUGCAAAUUCAGUAUAUAUUUACAAAAUAAACAGAAAUGUAAAAGUGAAAAAAUAUUGUUAGUUAUUUAUUGUUCCUCAAAACAUUGAAUUUUGAUUUGAUCAAGUGAUCAAAUUAGGAACAUUUACACUAUAAACAGAAAUACCAGGGGGUAAAAUAAUUUCUCAAAACAUGUAUUAACUAACAUGAACGAACAAUGAGCAAAACAUUUGUUACAUUAUUUAUUAAUCAUUGUUCAUGUUAAAAAAAAAAAGCAGUCAUCAUUGUUUGAUCAUGUUAUUUCACAGUGCAUUAUUUAAUGUUAACAAAUUCAACCUUUGAUUUUAAUAAUGUAUUAGUAAAUGUUAAUGUUAAAGAUUAAAGAUUAAUAAAUGCUGUAGAAGUGCAGUUCAUUCUUAGUUCAUGUUAACUACUGAAACCAUAUUGUAAAGUGUUACCAAUGGCAUGAUCAUUGGGUGUAGGAAAUCGGUAAAUGAGUGUGGCAUUUAAAUGCAAGUGUUUCACAAGAGCUGUUAAUUUUGAAUGUUGUGUCAAAUGUAGAGAACUGUGUUUAGCAUUUCGCUAAACUGAAAGUUUGUUUUACAGUUGCAAACUGAGCGUAAAGCAGAUAAUGGGCACAUUCCAAAUGGCAUUUUUGAACCCUGAAGGGCACUUCAAGAAGGGACUCCGUUUGUAGGGGUGUUCCAAAUGAAAGUGAACAACAAACCCUGCGUUCCAUUCGGAAGGGCUCAGGCUCAUCCCUAUGCCCUAAUCCCUUCAAAGGGUUUACCCUCCGGAGUGAGAGCUUCGAAGGGAUGAAGGGUGUAGGGGUCAAAAAAAACUCUUUUGUUAGAACGCACUUCUGCGUCAUCUUAACGAGACAAUCAAGGAGGCGCCUUCAUCUUUUCCCCCCUGGUGUACUCUUUGUAUUAAUAUGCAUUCAUUUACUGUAGUAACAUUAUAAGCUACUGCAGGUCUUUUACUUUAAAUAUAAUGUAUAUUGUGUCUAUGUAUUUGAAACAUUUGAAUGGACUGAUAAAGGGAGCUGUAAAGAAUUUUUUGUUUAAGUACAACGUCGUUUUGACCAUAAUAAUGUACCAAAUCUAACUCACAUAAAUAUUACGGUAGUAUAGAAAAAUACUAUACAUACAUUUAUAGGUAACUUAAAAUCAAACUCCGAGCCUCCUGUAUCCAUUCUGUGAUGCCAAACAACUUUCCUGUGCAAAGAAUCAUGGGGGCCCGAAGUGUCCAUCAGUUGUACCCUUUAAAAUCCUUCAUUCUGCAGGGCCCUUUGAAGUGGCCAGUUUUGAGUACUUCGGUUUGGAACGACCCUUCAAUAUGGCGGCCAUGAUUGUUUUCACUCCGAAGUGCCCUUCAGAGGGUGAUAUAUCCCGUUUGGAACGCACCAUGAAUCCCUUCACGAAGGGCCCUUCCACAAGGCCGUUGGCGAAGGGUACAUGCGAUGGUCACUUCGAGGAAAUAAUUUUAUUAUUUAUGGUCAUGUGACCCAGCGAAUCCUCGUGAUUCAUUUAUUUUAAAGGUAGAUUGCUGGAGAGUUCGAGUUAACUUACAAACAUAGACAUUCAAGUUUUUUUUUUCGUGAUAUAUUUCACACAUUUUUGUCAUGUUAUGUUUAAACAAGUUUCAGGUUAGAAAUGUGUUUUUUUUUUUACAGUGUCCAAAGAUAAGACGGCAAGUUUUAAAGUUGAGAACAGAGAAAUACACUCACACACAUAACAUAUUUUAAAAUAUCUAUAAACGUAUCUUUAUUUGCAACAGCUAUGUUAACAGCAAUUAUAAGAAAUUUCUAUUGUAAGAACAGCUAAUCAGCUGAUGCACACCGUGCUGCGUUGUCAUGGGAACAUCCCAGGUGAAGAUAAUGAAGAAAUUACAUUGUCUUUCAUUGCUCCUUUCGCCAAGUGCAUUCCAAACGGCUACAUAAUGGCGCGCAAGUGCCCUGCUCCCUCCAAAGUCCCCUUCAAGGGCUCUCCCAUAGGAAAGAAAAAUCAAAAGUGAGAUCUCUUUAACAUCUCAAAUGUUUCUCCUAGACAUAAAUGAGGUUAUUUUAACAUCAAAUGGAGACUUUUGCUUGAGUCUCCUGCUUCUCACACUGGUCUCCUGAGACAAAAACUCUAACACUCUCACAAUGGUCUCCUUUAAAGAUUCAGAAGAGAUCUCAACAACAUCACACACUAUGCUCAUAUUUUUCUCCAUAGCAAGUCUCCAUUUGAUGUUAAUUUAA